GCGGAGCCUGCAAAAUCUGAGAGGUCCCCACAACGUCGAGCGGAAGAAAGUGGACACAAGAUAUAAGGAAAACGCCAGAAGAGAGGGUUAAAUAAUUCUUACAUAACCGAUUCACUUCAUUGAAGAUUCCCUGGCUAGGGCAGGAGCUGCCAUGCCAUUUGGUUGUCUGACGCUCGGGGAGAAGAAGGAUUACAACAAUCCCGCUGAAGUCACCGACAAAUAUGACCUGGGACAAGUCGUUAAGUCAGAAGAGUUUUGCGAGAUAUUCCGGGCGAAGGACAGGAACACGCUGAAAAUGUACACCUGCAAAAAGUUCAACAAAAAAGACGGCAGGAACGUGAGGAAAGCGGCCAAGAACGAAAUCAUGAUUCUAAAGAUGAUAAAACAUCAUAAUAUCCUCCAGCUGGUUGAUGCCUUUGAAACUAAGAAAGAGUACUUUAUCUUUCUGGAACUAGCAACAGGCAGGGAGGUGUUUGACUGGAUCUUAGAUCAGGGCUACUACUCGGAGAGGGACACCAGCAACGUGAUGAGGCAGGUGCUGGAGGCCGUGGCGUACCUGCACUCUCUGAAUAUCGUCCACAGAAAUCUAAAACUGGAGAACCUAGUGUACUUCAAUCGCUUGAAACACUCCAAAAUUGUUAUCAGUGACUUCCAGCUGGCAAAACUGGAAAACAGACUUAUUAAGGAUCCGUGCGGAACCCCGGAGUACCUCGCUCCUGAGGUCGUUGGGAGGCAGAGAUAUGGACGACCUGUGGAUUGCUGGGCAAUUGGGGUUAUCAUGUACAUACUUUUGUCUGGGAACCCUCCUUUUUACGACGACUCCGACGAAGAUGACCCUGACAGUCGGGACAAGAACCUCUUCCUCAAAAUUUUGGCAGCGGACUAUGAAUUUGACUCCCCGUACUGGGAUGAUAUUUCAGAUUCCGCCAAAACCUUAGUGGCAUCUUUGAUGGAGGUGGACCAGGACCAGCGACUGACCACGCAGGAGGCUAUUGCCCAUGAAUGGAUUUCGGGGAAUGCUGCCUCCGAUAAGAACAUCAAAGAUGGCGUUUGUGCACAAAUAGAAAAGAACUUUGCAAAAGCCAAGUGGAAGAAAGCUGUCAGAGUGACCACCCUCAUGAAGAGGCUCCGGGCAUCCGAGCAGGGGGAUUCGGGAGCUUCCGGAUCCGACGCCGGAGCACCCGCCGGCACCGCUGUCGUUCCGGUGGUGGCUGGCGGUGGCCUUGGCCUUGCCGCCAGCCUAAAGGCAGCUCUUAGUGCAAACGCUCCCGACACACAGACUCCAGCCACCCCCGCGGACCCUCAGCCGAGUACAGCCAGAGCCGAGGAGAAGUCGGAUGAAAGGUGCAAUGGUGAUGUUCUCUAAAGAAAAAGAAAGAGCGGGAAUUAACAUAGACAAAGAAGAAGAUUCAUGAUGAAUAACAAGCACAUUAGCAGUACAGUCAAUACGGUUGACAUAACCAUGUGGUGUUUAUGUUGUCCGACUAUACUCUGAUGUAUCCUAUGUUAUGCAUUUCAUAAUUUUUGCCUUCUGUACUGAUUGUUCUGUAGAAUUCACCACUCUCCUGUUACUUUGUGUGCAGUUCCCUUUAAUUUAAAAAAAAAAAUACAUGUCGUUCAAAGUAGCUCCACUUUUGUGUCCCUUUUCCCCUGUGACUAACUGUAGAAAGGCAAAGUGUAAUUUAGUGAAUUCAGUCACAUCAACUGACUGUAUGUACUGUACAUGUAAAUAGUGUGCAUUUGUUUCAAACCAAUGGCUUGUGGUAAGCUUCAGAUUUUAGUUCAUGCCGUAGAGGUUUCAUUUUAAAAAAAGAAAGAAAAAGACUUAUUUCCAAUGUGAAUAUUUGAAAUAAUACGUAAGAAAAUGCAAACAAUAGUAAAAUCGUUAGAAUUUUUCAUACAUGUCUUAACCCUCCCGUUAUGUUGUGGUUCAAAUUGACCCAUUUAAAAACAAACAAACAAAUAUGCA